GAUGCCCACAGGUGCACAUAAUGCCACAAAAAUGGCCCCCACAGUAAGCCCGAACAGGUAUCCAGCUGCUACAUUCAAGAGAACAUACCCCCAUGCUACUGGGAAUGAUACUAUGGAAGCUUGGAAGGGAAAUAGACAGUUUAUAGAUGAUGUCAGUAAAUCGCGUUCGUUAGUCACAGAGCCUUUGGCAAGAACAAUUUCUCAAAAUAUAAUACCAACAAAUCCAAAACAGAAAAAGACAAAAAUAUCUGUUAGAAAUGAACAAGUACAAUAUGUCCCAACAAAUUUACUAAAUCCAGUGACUAAAUUACCUACAAUGUACAGCUGGGCCCCAUUACAACAUAAUUACCAGAUUGAAGAUGAGAGUGUGCUGCACAAUAUACCAUAUAUGGGCGAAAGGCUAUUGGAUGAAGAUUCUUCUUUCAUUGAAGAACUAUUAGGGAAUUACGAUGGUAAAGUUCAUGGGGAGGACGGUGAAGAGGAUCGUUUAGAUAAUCAAACAUUAGUUGAUCUCGUUGAUGCAUUAAAAAAAUAUGAUGAAUCGGGAAAGGAAGUAAAUAACUCGGACGCAAUGUCGUCGUUUCCUCAUGAUGUAAUUUUCGAGGCGAUAUCCAUGUACUUUAGCGAUAAACGUACAGCCGAUAGAUUAAAAGAUAAAUAUAGAGAGUUAACUGAUCAAAAUUCUCCAACAAAUUGUACCUCGAGUAUUGAUGGCGAAGGUGCUCAAGCGGUUUCUCGUCAAGUUGCUCUUCAUUCUUAUCAUCUAUUAUUUUGUCGGAUUUGCUAUAGAUAUGACUGCUUUAUUCACGGCUAUAGUAUGAAUUCCCUUAUGCACCAUCGCUUAAGGAACGACGAAUCACCAACCAGACAUAAGAAGACCUCUGAUGACAAACAAGUGGAAAAUGAUUCUGAUAAUGAUAACGAAGAAGUCGACGAUUCGGAUGACGAUGUAAAGAUUCCGAUUGUUCAAAAGAGGACUGGUUGGGAGAAAAAAAAGCCUAUACCGUCUAUACGAGCAGACUCAUCUAUACCCUGUGGUCCUAAAUGUCAUCUUCUAUUAGUUAAAAAGUCCGAUCAGGAUGGUAGAACUACUCCAUCUCCAAGAUCAAGUGGCCGUCUAAAAAGGAAAACUCCUCCCCAGGACGACGAAGCUCUCGUUGAUUGGGAUGGAAGCGAACAGACACUUUUAAGAACAUUGCACGAAAUAUAUAAUACUGACUAUUGUUGUAUAGCUGCAAUAAUAGAAACUAAGUCUUGCCAAGAAGUUUGUGAAUUAUCUAGAAAAUGGAAUUUAGAAAAUCCAUACACAGAGCCUGAAGUUCCAAAGAAAAAGAAACGAAAAUAUCAACGAGAAGAACGUAAGGCUCAAGAAUCUCAUUCCUUCACACCGUGCUAUCAUCCUGAUAGGGAAUGCGAUGAAAAUUGUAUAUGCGUUCGAAGCGGAAACAGAUAUCCUGGUUGCAAAUGCAAAUCUCAUUGUAAUUCGAAACAAUGUCCCUGCUUCGUAGCUUUAAGAGAAUGUGAUCCAGAUUUAUGCAUGAGCUGUGGAGCAUCUGAUUCUAAAAGUAAAAAUUGCAAAAACGUUAAUAUUCAAAGGGGUUUGCGAAAGCAUUUACUUCUCGCUCCGUCAAAUGUUGCUGGAUGGGGAAUUUUCCUUAAGGAUGCUUGUGAAAAGCAAGAGCUCAUUUCUGAAUAUUGUGGAGAGUUAAUUUCUCAGUUGGAGGCCGAUAAGCGAGGAAAAGUUUACGAUAAAUCGAUGUGCAGCUUUUUAUUCAAUUUAACCAAAGAUAGCGUUGUUGAUGCUACAAGAAAAGGGAAUAAGAUUAGAUUCGCUAAUCAUUCACGUAAUCCCAAUUGUGAUACGAAAGUAUUAUUAGUCAACGGUGAUCAUCGUAUUGGAAUAUUCGCCAAAAGAGCAAUAGCGGAAGGAGAAGAAUUAUUCUUCGACUACCGCUACGGUCAUACAGAGAGAAACCUAUUUGUCGGUAUUGAAAGAGAUACCGACUUACUCAACUAA